CAUUGUGACAAGGAAAUGAAUCAAGAGAUUGAUAAAAAUAUUAUUAAAUGUUCAUUAUCAACAAUUAACAGUUCAACAAUUAGUUCAGAAAAUGUCCUUUGGAAUCAAUCAACUGACCAUUCAAACAUUGUCUAUGAAAUUUAUAAAACUGAUAAUUUUCAACUAAAUCAGGUUAAAUUGUUAACUUCAGGAACAAUGAUUAACUCUUGUGAUCAUCAGUCUCAACAAUCAACUGAUUUAAAUACCCUUGAUCAUGAUAAUGGUAAUGAAAUUAAUUCAAAUCGUUAUUCAAUCCUACGUGAUGCUGAUUCAACUGUAGUUGACAAUUAUAACUAUGAUCAAACAGUUAAUCAUCACAACAGUAAUUUAACAACAAUUUAUCCAUCAUCAUCAUCAUCAUCUUCAUCCUCUCGUAGCAACAUAAUUAACAACAAUCAACCAGCUAACCAUCAAAAUGAUCAUCAUCAACCUUAUAAUGUAACUAAAUCAUCACCAUCGUCAUCAUCAUCAUCCUCAUCAACAACAACAUCAGCAACAAUUAAUGAAACAAUUAAACGUAAUCAUCAACAUCAUACCAACAAUUUAGCGAUUGACAUAAAAUCUCAUCAUCAUUCUAAUCACAAUAAUCAUCACCAUCAACUGAAUCAAGUUAAUCAACAGCAACAAUUAACUCACCAUCGAUCUUCACUUCGACCUCAUUCAACUCCAGCGACACUUUUAUGGCUCGAGGAAAACUACGAGAUCGCCGAAGGCGUUUGUAUACCUCGAAGUGCUUUGUACAUGCACUAUGUUGACUUUUGUGCUCGAAACUGUAUCCAACCCGUUAACGCAGCUUCAUUUGGAAAGAUAAUACGUCAACAAUUUCCCCAACUAACAACUCGUAGACUUGGGACUCGAGGUCAGUCCAGAUAUCAUUAUUAUGGAAUUGCAGUUCGGGAAAAUUCAACUUACUACCAAUUGGCUUAUUCCAAGAAAGCGAUUACAAGUAAUCUAUCGGAUUCAUCAUCGCGACUUGGUGAUGGUUCAAAUCAAAAUGGAAUCAAAAAUUCAGAUCAAGUAAACUCUCACUCAUUACCAAUCAAUACUCAUGGAAAUGUUGGUAAUUGUCACCCUAACGUAAAUACUAUCAACACCAGUAAUAAUUGUGGAAAUCAUUCAGCUAUUAACCAUAACUCUAAUGGUACUAAUUCCAGUGGCAAUCGUAAUAGAGUGGGAACAGUUUUACCUGAUUUUCCUUCACCCAAUGAUUUUAAAUUACCACCAAAUCUAGACAAUAUAAAGACAGCAACAUUUUUGAUGAUGUACCGAACUCACUGUCAACGUAUAUUGGACACAGUUAUCAGAGCGAAUUUCGAUGAAAUUCAAACUUUUGUUCUAUAUUUUUGGCAAGGUAUUCCUCCUCAUCUAACAUCAAUAUUAACCUCUAAUGCUUUCAUCAACUUAAUUGGUAUAUGUGAUUCCAUCUUAUACAAAUGUAUGGCCAGUGUUUUACUCCCAUCAGCUCUUCAAACUUUCCCUGACAGUUUGAUCCAAGUUAUUCGCAAGUUUAUCCAAGAAUUUGAAUGUUGGCUUAAAAUGGCUUUGUACAAUUUACCUGAUUCUCUUAAAUCGAUUAAGAUUGAUCUUUCCCGUCAUCUUGGUAAUUUACUUCGUCGACAAACAUCAAUUAGUCAUCUUAUCCAAGCAGCACGAAUGGUUGUUAAUAAUGGAGAUGUAACACCUCAGAUGAUUUGCGAUUGGAGAUCAUUAUCAAUUGAUUUAAUUGCAAGGGAAUCAAUUCAAAGUUCACACAAAAAUAGCUCAGUGUUUACCAAUAUCAAUUUUGAUUUUAUUCGAACAGCAUUACGGGAUUUUGGUCGAUUGUUGGAAGAUGAAUCUCCAAUUGAAGCUUAUUUUGAUUGGUUAAAUGCUUUGGUACAAUAUUGUAUCAUCAAUACUUCAAGCAAUCUGAGAUAUACAUUCAAGGAGAACUCAAAACAAUUCCUAUCAACAUGGUCAACAUUUGCUUCUCGAAUAAUUCAUGAGCUCAGUCUUAAUUCAGCGCCAAGUUUUGGAUCCUUUCACCUUCUUCGGCUUCUUUUUGAUGAAUAUCUACUUUACAUCAUGGAGUAUUGUCAAAUCGAUGAAUAUAUUAUGGAGUUAAUGGCAAAUAUCAAUCAUGAUUUACCUCCCCAACCAUUGGAAGAUAAUUACUUAGGUGAAUCAACUGACGAGAUUGUUGAAAACUAUCAAUCAACCAAUGGUUCAGAUUAUGAUGUGGAAACAAUAAAUCAUAACCAAAACCAACAACAAUUAACUGACAAAUCUAAUCAGGAAUUUAGUCGACUUGCCGUAAUUCCAUCAGAUGAGUGCAAUUACCAUCACCCUGUUGAUUAUUAUCCCAAUCACCAAGGUGAUCUUCCUGUUCACCACAAUUCCAACAUUCAAACAAAUAAUCAAUUAAUUUCUGAGGAAUCAAGAAAAUCAUUUACUUCCUGUUCAUGUCCAGAGGAGGAGGAGGAGGAGAUUAUCAUGACCAUGGAACAGCAAUUCCAUCAACCUGUCAAACCAAUAAUUACUCUCGUAAUUACCUACCUGUUGUCGAUGCUACUGAUCAGCAAAACAAUUUAUCAAUUAAUGAGAUUUCAAUACCUGGUCAAGAAUCAACUUCAUUACAAUCAAUAUCUUCAACCAUGGGGUCAGAAAAUCAUACUAAUAAACAAUAAUUUAACAGAAGAUAUCCAAUUCCCUUAUUGUACCAAUCUUAAAACUGAAGUUUAUCCCGAGUUUUGUUAAAUUCAACCAACAAACUAAUUAUUAACCAAAAACAAAACUUUAAACUUAACAAAAUUAACAUAUCAAAUUAAUCACAAAAUAAAUAUUGUCUCAGUGUGUA